UUGUCAGAAUACACAUUUUCAUUUCUGCUAUGUGCAUCAGACCAGUACAUGAAAACAAUAAGGAAGAUGAUCAAUCAUAAUACAGAAACAUACACCAUGGACAGAGCAAGAAGAUCACAGACAGAGGUCUACCAUACAGAGGAGAUACCAGAGGAUAAUGUUGAGAAAAGUGUACCUCUGACAACUACUGCAAUGACUGCCUCAAAAUUUAAGGAGACACGUGGCACAAAGGAUGCAACAUCACAGACAGAAAAAAACAAAAUGUCUGUCAGGAUGCUCGUUGAGAUGCUGGUUGUGCGGACAUUCAACAAAGGAAAGGUGAACUGGACCACUGGAAACCAAGAUGACAUCAUUAAGCAUCUGUUUGAAUGCACAUGGGCCAAAGUCCAGGGUGAAUUUUUAUAUAUCACCCCAAAAAUCUUAAAAGACCUUGACAAGGCUAUUUUCAGGGACCUGUGUAAGAAGUGUGGCAGUGCAGAGAAUCUGCUGGUUUCAAUGUGUUCAGAGGACUCGUCUGUUCAAAUGUAUAUUAUAGAUACUUUCAAAAAUCACCUGACGACACCAGCAAAAAAACAUGGCACCAUUUGCAGGUUCUUCACGCAACAAGUGUGCCCGUUUCUUAGUUACAGGCCUGAAAUGGAUCCAAUUUUUCGAAUCACAGUCCAUGGAAAGUCCUUCGACGUGGUGGCUGACACAGGAGCUACAUAUUCAUUACUGACAUCAACAACAGAAGCCUUUCAGAUGUCUCAAGCAUCUAGGAAUCUCACCGGACGCUCAGGAGCAUUGAACAAAUGUGAAGCGACUGAAUUGUGUCCAGUUGAAUGCAAGUAUUUCGGUAUUUCAAACUUGCAGCAACAAUUUUACAUUUACCCAGAAUGCCCAGUGAAUGUGGCAGGUAGACCUUUGUUAUGUGCACUGGGCCUGACAAUUUCUUGCACUGAAAAUGGCUUAGUGUUGAGGAAAUAUGAAAGAAUCACCCCCACUGAGAGACUGUAUAAUUUUAUCACAAGAUCGAGGUUUCUCAGUUACAAGCCUGGAGAACUGAUCAUUUUUAAAAUCAAAGUCCACGGCAAGACCUAUGAAAUGGUGGCUGACACGGGAGGAGACACGUCAGUAUUGCGAUCAACAACAGAAGCCUUUCAGAUAUCUCAAACAACUAAAUCUUACAUUGACAUCUCAGGACAGCUGAAAGAAUGUAAAGUGACUGAGUUGUGUCCAGUUCAAUGUGAGUACUUUGGUGUAUCAAGCUUAUACCACACGUUUUCCAUUAGCCCAGAAUGCCCAAUGAAUUUGGCAGGAAGAGACUUGUUAUGUAAGCUUGGCCUGAAAAUUGUCUGCUUCAGGAAUGGCAUCAUAUUGAAACAAGUCAAUUCCAAGUCCUUUACUGCACCCUUCAGAUGCAGAAACAGGGUUUGUGUCAUCUAGGUGAAUAUUCAUCAGAAUGCAUUGCAGCCAGGACAUGUCAUCAUUUCCUGUCCUGAUCUCUCUUUGUUUGUGUUGUCUGCUGUGGCAUUGUGGGUUUAUUCUGGAUUCUCUG